AGGAAAAAACCUCUCGGCCUGCUUCACGGACAGAGAAAACGCCUCUCACGAAAUUCAAAGCCCCGGUAGUCGAUACGUUUUCCGGUGAUCAUCUCCGAUCUAGAUCCGAUGGCAAAGGAGCCAGUUCGCGUUCUCGUCACUGGAGCUGCAGGACAAAUUGGAUAUGCCCUUGUUCCCAUGAUUGCGAGGGGAAUCAUGCUGGGAGCUGACCAGCCCGUGAUCCUUCACAUGCUGGAUAUCCCACCGGCCGCAGAAGCAUUGAAUGGUGUGAAAAUGGAGUUGGUUGACGCAGCUUUCCCUCUUCUGAAAGGAGUUGUUGCUACAACUGAUGCUGUUGAAGGAUGCACUGGCGUCAAUGUUGCUGUCAUGGUUGGUGGUUUCCCCCGUAAAGAGGGAAUGGAGAGGAAGGAUGUUAUGUCCAAGAAUGUCUCGAUUUACAAGUCUCAGGCUGCUGCCUUGGAGAAGCAUGCUGCCCCGAACUGCAAGGUCCUGGUGGUUGCAAACCCUGCCAACACCAACGCAUUGAUCCUGAAGGAAUUUGCACCAUCAAUCCCUGAGAAGAACAUCACCUGUUUGACCAGGCUUGACCACAACAGGGCAUUGGGUCAGAUCUCCGAGAGGUUGAACGUACCUGUUUCUGAUGUUAAGAAUGUGAUUAUCUGGGGAAACCACUCAUCGACUCAGUACCCAGAUGUCAACCAUGCUACCGUCACAAUUCCUUCUGGGGAAAAGCCUGUUCGUGAGCUCGUUAAGGAUGAUGAAUGGUUGAACGGAGGCUUUAUUACAACUGUUCAACAGCGCGGUGCUGCCAUCAUCAAAGCUAGGAAGUUGUCUAGUGCACUUUCCGCCGCCAGCUCUGCUUGUGACCACAUCCGUGACUGGGUCCUUGGAACUUCCGAGGGUACCUGGGUUUCAAUGGGAGUCUACUCCGAUGGCUCUUACAACAUCCCGGCAGGGCUUAUCUACUCCUUCCCCGUCACCUGCCGCAACGGAGAGUGGACCAUUGUCCAAGGGCUCCCGAUCGAUGAAUUCUCGAGGAAGAAGAUGGAUUCGACGGCAGAGGAGCUGAAGGAAGAGAAGGAUCUCGCAUACUCUUGCCUCUCUUAAACCCGAGGAGCCAUAGCCUCGGCCUCGCGCUCGAAUUGAUUGUAUUUCCAUCAGACUUUGGGACAAAGUUAGAGCCUUUGAAUAAGAACUUGUCGAGAAGAUCUCCGACAUACGCGGACCCAUUUAAGAACAUGUUCCUGGUAGUUUUCUAGCCAGAACUAUAUGUCUCUGCUUUGAUCACAAGUCAUCUUAUGAUUCUUCUC